AACUUUAGUUAACUACGAGAAAAUAUCAAUUUAAAGCACAACAUUUUCCUUGUCUACGAUCAAAAAUCUCAGAAGUCUCAACUCAGAGAAGUCUUUCAGAGAAGCAAAUAACUCGUCGGAGAAGAAGAAGAAGAAGAAUAUGUCGUGGCAAUCGUACGUUGAUGACCAUCUUAUGUGCGAUGUGGAAGGCAACCACCUAACCGCCGCCGCUAUUCUCGGUCAAGACGGCAGUGUCUGGGCUCAGAGCGCCAAUUUCCCUCAGUUGAAGACCGAAGAAAUCAAUGGAAUCACCAAGGAUUUUGAGGAGCCUGGGUUUCUUGCCCCGACCGGUUUAUUUCUCGGUGGAGCUAAGUACAUGGUUAUUCAAGGUGAACCAGGAGCUGUGAUCCGAGGGAAGAAGGGACCUGGAGGCGUUACUAUCAAGAAGACGACUCAAGCCUUGGUCAUUGGCAUCUACGAGGAGCCAAUGACUGGAGGUCAAUGCAAUUUGGUUGUGGAAAGGCUCGGGGAUUACCUCAUCGAGUCUGAUCUCUAAAUUUAUGUUUCUUAAGUUCUUCUUUCGCUAAAAGAAUGCCAUUCCCCUUUUCAUUGUGAUUGAUUGUAAUAACGCGAUCGAUUUGAUGAUACUUUAGAACCAAAUAUCUUUGUUGUCGCUCUUCCGGGUUUGGAUUUGUGCGUCUCUUGUAAUGGCAUUUGAUAAUAUCUUUGUUGGUCAUA